UUUUUUUACCAAAACGUAAAUUUUACCGUAUCCAGCUAUUGUCAAAUUAGCUUAUUGCCAUUUUUUGCUUCAAUCAGGCCAAUGGACGCACAAGCUGGAUGGCGUCGACAUGGCUUAUCGAACGGCGUCUUGCGACGAUCAGGAGCAACACCAGCUACUCGAACUGCGCCCAACUCGUCGAGGACCUCCUCAGCUACAACCCGUGUACGAGCCACGUCAGUUAGAACUCAGCAACCUUCGAACCGAGCUGCAGAACGAACUGUCAACCAUCGGAAAAGCGCUUCGACCGAGCCCGCUCCGUCGCGAUGGAGAGAAAUGCGGCACUCUAUACGCACUAAAGCCACACUAGAGACGACAGAGAACCGUAAAGGCCAAGCAAAAAUCUCUGAUCUGUGCCCUGAAGACCGAGAGAAGGUGGCCAAAUUGGUUCACCGCAUCGUCGAGGUGGGGACUUUGCACGAGGAAGCAGAGAAAGAAUUCCAACGUCAGAGAGAGGUGUUGGAGGAAGAGGUGAAGGAGCUGCGCCAAUUAGUGCGACGAGAUGCCCAAGAGAUCGAGGGAAUGUCUGAUGAACUGCGCUCUACUAGACGGAAGGCGACUUUGUUUGAAGAGCGGGUAGCGGUGCUGGAGGAGAGCACUGAUGCGGAGACUCGUGCUCGUCUGGAGGCUGAGCAGACGCUGGAUCUGCUCAAACUCGAGGUUGAUAAACUACGAGCACUUGUAAGACGACAACAGGAUGAGAUGCAGAGAGAAACAAACGAGCAGCAAGAGAAAUUUGACGCUGAGAUUGACCGGGUGAAGGAGGAAUUGAAGGAAGCGCAGGAGCUGCUGCUGAAGGAGAGAAGCGAACGGAUAUUUGACAAGCAGAAAGCGCUGGAUGAACGACUUGAGCGCUCUGCAGCAGCUGGUGAAGACAAGCUAAAUCGAUUACAUUCACUCCUACUUCAACAGCAGCAAGAAUGGCAGAGCAAAGUGAAGGAGCAGCAAGAGGAGAUGUUGAGUAAGACAAGACAGCAGCAGGAACAAUAUGACGCUGAAUUAAGUCAACUGAAGCAGGAGCUGAAAGAAGCACAGGAGGUACUGCAACAAGAGCGCGAAAACCGAGAGCUUGAACAAGAGCGCGCGAUUGUUAUCGAUAACUCAGCCCCAGUUGAGCAGAGUAUAUCUACCGACACUCAACCAGCUUCUACCGUCGAGCAAGCGCCAGUUCUCGAGCCAAAUCAACAGACUGGACACUUUGCGAGCGACAUGCAGGGCGAUCUCGCGAUGUUUGAGGAGGUGAAAGACUUGUAUGCUGAAGAUCUCUUUGCUUCUCGCCGGUGGAAUACUAUAGCAGUUCCAGCGCCCACAACUUUUCCCCCAGGCACUGCAAAUUGGCAACCAUCCGGCGCAGAGCCCUCUCAUCCACCGGACAAUUCCAAUGCAUCCACUCUAGAACUAUCCGUCCAAGAAGCCAUCGAGAGGGACAUGGAGGCCUUACUGCGGCUGGAUUCACUCAAAUAGUGUCACGAAAUGAUUGCAAGGAACAAACCUACAGUGUCGCUACUGUUCUUCGAUUUGUCUAGAGUAUUUGUGCUGUUCUAUCUAGAUUACUGGGAGAUUUUUUUGGUAAGGAGAAGAUUUCGUCGUGCCAGGGCUGUCACAGCAGCAAGAACGUCAGUCUUUACAGAACUAUGAAGACGAGAGAGAUUGAGCGUACGUGACGUAGCUGGUGCACUCAUUACGCGUCGUGGAGACACCCCUGGCACACGUUUGGCUGGAGACGAUGGCAAACAUGUUGGCUUCACGUGGAAAGCUCGUUGUUUGAUGAGGUCCGUGUAGUUGAUCGUGUCUGCUCCAUUUGAUUCGGCGUUCGACUUGUUACAAGACCGACAUGGGCGGUGAACUUUAGUCGACUUUCGGAAGAGCGUCUACAGUACAACUCUUUGUGAAUACCGCUGUUGUCGAGGUGUUAUUGUUUAUCUUACCAAUGAACUGGAGGAGUCACACGAACACGACGUCGUCAGCUCAGUCGAAGACACGCAAUCCGACUUGCUCCCGCUAUCAGCCUUGUCACAAUUAAAGCGAUCGUGGUCUCUGGCUGAGCUUCUUUCCGUUGGAGAGGAUUCCCAUGCCGUCUCGGUGAGAAACGUUCCUCUCCCUAGCUCCUGCACUUUAAGCUGGUUGAUUGGAGAGGAAGAACGCGAAGCAACCAGAUCGGAGACUUGAGACUGAAGUGUAGACGUCUCCAUGCGCUACAUGAAAACCAAGAAUGCACUGGUAAUCACGGAGAAAACAGUUCAAAAAUAUUAAGAGUCUUACCACGAAGGUAGAUCGUUGCAUUCGCGAUGCAAAGUGAGGCAAGUCGGGUCCAUCGUUUGCUUUUUCGCCCACUCGAACUUUCACUCCCGGCGACAAAGGCAUAGCGUGGAAUAGUUGAUCCAGCGGUUCUUCGACAUUGAAAGAUUCCUUCUCAUUAGCGACACCGAAUGCUGGAAAUGGUGCGUUUGAACGUGAUUUGAUUCGUCCAUUUUCAAUAUUGGGGAGAAUACUCUUCGAACUGCUGCUGACUCGUCGGGGCGAUGUCUUCAGUACUGCAUAUUCCACUUGAACUUCGUCUUCUUUCUCGCCAAAUAGUAAUGUUUUAGUAGAUUUUCCAUUCUGUGCUGAGCCUGGAGGGUGAGGCCUUCGACGAGACGAUGUAAUCGACGAGGGUGACAGCGAACGGCGAGAGGGUUCACCGUUUUCUUGGCCUGGGGACUCUGUAUCAAUGGUGAGUUGCAGUUCUGCCGCAUUGCUGUUGAUAGUUAGAUCCUGCUCCGCUUGACUCAUAUUACUCGCCUUCCGAGGUGAUACGAUACGAUUUCUAGCUGAACGCAAUUGUGGAACUUCUGUGCUGUAAGGGACCCCAGGCUGUGGACCAGAUAACUCUACAACCUUCGUGUCAUCCUGCUUUUUCCUCACUUUACUCCUCAUUGUCAUUCGAGAUGACGCGAUCGAAGAAGGACGAGGGUGAGACCGAGUUGCUGCCUUAACAUCAAGACCUUCAGUGUCGUAGUAACUUUGCUGUGGUUCUUUGGUCGGUAAUUGUCCCCGCUGAUACGAAUAAUCCAGAGAGCAGCUUUUUGGUGGAUCCAGAUUUUCCAGGGGUAAAUCGUUGCGUCCAAGGAGUACCCGAGAAUUGUUCAAGACGCUGUCAUCAUUGGAGUUCACGUCAGUAUCUAUAGUCGGAGCAAUAGCCGAAUCUAGAACCUCUUGAAUAACCGAGCAUCCCCAAGCUGCUACAAACUGGAGUAGCCGACAAUAUACGGUUUUCUCAAUCGCUAUCGCUGCACUAUCUAUCGCGAUGUCGCCGAGAAGUUCCAUUACUGUACCUUCAAUAUCAUCAAUAGACCGGGUGUCGGUGAUCGAUGCUGCAUCUGACCCGACAACCUCAACCGAGAUGGCUUCACUAUUCUGUUGAAGCGAGUAUGCGUCAUUGUCGUUGUCGUCUUGCAACUGCGAUCGCGGUCGAGUAAUUGGUAUCUCUGGAGUCAUUUUGGCAUUAUUCCAAUUAGCACCUCUGGAGUCAUUUUGGCAUUAUUCCAUUUA